AUGGAAGAUCACCUCUCCAAGAUCUCCAGAAUGCCCUCCUCUUCUCCGGACGAUUCCCUGGGAAGCAGCGGCACUGACGACAGCCGAGGGGCUAAGAGCCCAGCGCCGGGGAAAGCCCUGAGCCCCGCGCUGCUGUGCAAAGUGUGCGGGGACACCAGCAGCGGCAAGCACUACGGCAUCUACGCCUGCAACGGCUGCAGCGGCUUCUUCAAGCGCAGCGUGAGGAGGCGGCUCAUCUACAGGUGCCAGGCUGGUACAGGCAUGUGCCCUGUGGACAAGGCCCAUCGUAACCAGUGCCAAGCCUGCCGGUUAAAGAAGUGCCUACAGGCUGGUAUGAACAAGGAUGCGGUGCAGAACGAGCGGCAGCCCCGCAGUACGGCCCAGGUGCGCCUGGACUCCAUGGACAUCGACGCGGAGAAGGAGCACCUGGCCACCACGCGGGAGCCCACCUCCUCCUCAUCCUCAUCCUCCACCUGCUCUGUCAUCACCCGGCCCCACAUCACCUCCUCCAUCAGCUCCACCGCCCCCCUGCAGCGCUGCGCUAGCCCACAGAACAACCACCGCUUCAUGGCCAGCCUGAUGACGGCAGAGACCUGCGCCAAGCUGGAGCCUGAGGACGUGGAUGAGAACAUUGACGUGACGAGCAAUGAACCGGAGAGGACGACAGCAGAUUACCAAGUGUCCCUGUACCCCUCCAGCAGCCUGGAGAAUGUGUACGAGACCUCCGCUCGCCUGCUCUUCAUGUCUGUCAAGUGGGCCAAGAAUCUGCCUGUCUUCUCCAACCUCCCCUUCAGGGACCAGGUGAUCCUGCUGGAGGAGGCCUGGAGCGAGCUCUUUCUUCUCUGCGCCAUCCAGUGGUCUCUGCCCCUGGACAGCUGCCCCCUGCUUUCCCUGCCCGACCUCUCCCCGACUCUGCAGGGAAAGACCAGCUUCACCAGCAUCGACCUGCGGGUCCUGCAGGAGAUCUUCAGCCGCUUCAAGGCCCUCGCGGUGGACCCUACUGAGUUUGCCUGCCUCAAGGCUAUUGUCCUCUUCAAACCAGAGACCCGAGGGCUGAAGGACCCAGAGCAGGUGGAGAACUUGCAGGACCAGUCUCAGGUGAUGCUGGGUCAGCACAUCCGCACCCAUUAUUCCAGCCAGCCUGCCAGGUAUGGGAAGCUCCUCCUUCUGCUGCCCUCCCUGCGCUUCGUGGGAUCGGAGCGGAUCGAGCUCCUCUUCUUCCAUAGGACCAUUGGAAACACCCCCAUGGAGAAGCUGCUGUGCGACAUGUUCAAGAACUAG